CGAUCCUUCCUCCACCCACUGCUGCAGGUGAGAAGACGAGGGGUGUGGCGCGUCUCUGACAGACAUGAGAGGAGACGCACGGAGACACUUCACACUGAGAUCAGGAGAGACGGACGGACACACACAUGGAUUUCUCUAAUCAGGUCUCUGCGGAGCGGGGAGCGGGUUCUCGCGGUUCCCUCUCUGAGCUGUGUCUGGUUUUGGUGGGCAGCAUCGGCUGUGGAAAGACCAUGACGGCGGACACCCUGCUGGGUCAGACUUCCGCUCCGGGACCUUCGGCCUCUUCCCGUGUGAGUCAGAUACGGCGGGGACUGUCGGAGGGCCGGCGGCUGAGCGUCGUGGAAACCCCUCGCUGGUACUGGCGGGGCAAGGAGGUGGAGGUCGACAUCCAGGAGGAGACCCGGCGGUUCCUCAGCUCCAGCGUUUCCGGGCCCUUCGUCUUUCUCAUCCUCGUUCCCAUCGGGGAGUUCACGGAGAUGGAGGGGCGCAUCCCGGAUCAGCUGGAGCGCAUGUUUGGGCCGUCGGUGCUGGGUCACACGCUGGUGCUGCUCACCUGUGGAGAAUACCUGAUGGGCCGCAGUCUGGACGAGUACCUCAGGAAGGAGGUGGGGCUGCAGGAGGUGGUGAGGAGGUGUCACGGCCGCUGCCACGUGAUCAGUAACCGCAAACCUGAAGACAAACAGCAGGUCGUCGCUCUACUAGAGAAGGUGGAGCAGAUGAUACAGAGGAACGGAGGAUUUCAGCUGCUCAGGGACGAGGAGACGCACAGGAGAGACGUCAGAGAGGAGCAGAAAACAGAGAUGAAGCUCAGCGCAACCAGAGACACGAUGUGGAACGGAGGCAUCGGAGGAAAACAAACACAAAUCAACACGUUUGACAAACGCACAGAAGAAACAGGAAGCGAUGAAACGAUUGAGACACGCCUGAUCAACGGGCUUCAGUCACGGCAGCACGAGGGCGAGGAAACGCACGGCCGACACGCGCCGCCGGAGAAAAGCCUGAGCUUCAAACUCAACAAAGAGGGAGCUCUUCUCAGUCAGAUGAUGGAGGUGCCAGAGGUCCAGUACAACCAGAGCUUCAUCAACACCAUCCAUCACAGUAUUAAAAAGGUUUCGGAUGACAGUAAACCCGUCUCUCCUUUAUCAUCACAUUCCUCAUCUUCCUCCUCCAAUCUUCUGGACGACUCUUCUCUGCCCGAGCUGAGGUUGGUUCUGCUGGGUCGCCGUGGUUCUGGGAAGAGCGCGGCCGGGAACGUCAUUCUGGGUUGUGAGAUGUUUGACGUACACAGAGAUGAUGUCUCGGCGGCCUCUCAGCGGUGUGUGAAGGCCAAAGCGCUCCUGGACGACACGCGGGUGUCAGUGGUUGAUACGCCGGACUGGUUUCAGUCGGAGAGAUCUCCUGAGGAGGUGAAAGGUCAGAUCUCCUCGUGUCUGGCCCUGUUGGCCCCGGGCCCUCACGCGUUCCUGCUCUGUAUCCCCGUCGACCGACCCGCUCGUUCCGAGCUACCGGCCCUGAGCGCGCUGGAGGGCGCCUUCGGACCCGACGCCGUUCGCCGGCACACGAUUGUCCUCUUCACGCGCUCGGACCUGCUGCCGGAAGGAGCGGGCGGCGUGGAGCAGGUGGAGGCGUACAUCGCCUCCCGACGGCCGGAGAUGCUGGAGCUGGUGCAGAAAUGCGGCGAUCGCUACCACGUCUUGCGGCGCGGGAACACGGACGGACGGCAGAGCGGCGGCGUGAAGGAGCUGCUGGAGAAGGUGCAGCAGACGGUGAAGGAGAGCGGAGGAGAUUUCUACAGCUGCUCGCCCUUCCGGCAGAACCAGGAGGAGAUCGCGACCGUCAGGAGAGACAGACAGCGCGACAGAGACAGACAGAACCCGUCUCACUCUCUGGACGCUCUGAAGGAGGAGGAGGAGGAAGUGACGUCCACGGUGAAGGGCGACCGUCUGGACUCGGCUGCGCCGGCUCCGUCGCCGCUCCGCUCCGCGUGGGAGACGACGAGCUCGUGUGCGGGACGGGUGCCGAAGCUGCUGGCGGUGGGAGCUCUGGCGGGAGCGGCGCUGGGCGUGUUCCUCGCAGGAGCCGUAGGAGGCGCUGUAGGAGCGGUGCUGGGCUCUGCCGUCACUGAGGUCGGGAGACGGAGAUACAAUAAACAGAAAACAGAGUAAUAGACCGUGUGAUCUGCUCUGGAGAAUCACUGUGAACUGUACAGUAAUUCCCUCGGCUGUUGUUUGUGGCACGGUGUCAGUCUGAAAAACUCAAAGUUAUAUGUGCCAGACAGUUCGUUCACAUUUUGGGUCUCGAGUUUAAAUGUUUCCAGAUCGCUCUGAAUCCGGCUGAUUCUUCACCAACAGUUUCAUGAACGCAAGAACAAAUCAUUGAGUCUGUUAACUGUAUUUUCAAUUGUGUAACCACACAUUAAUGUGCACCAAAAAAAAAAUCUAUUUUCUGUUCAUGAAAGGAAUAAAGGGCCACAGUUUGUAAUUUAUCACUAAACAUGUUCCAGACUGAUUGGGCAAUAUUUAUAUGUUCAUAAAACCGUUCAUGUAAACACUCCAUAUAGAGAUUAAAAUCUAUGAUAAAACAGUGUCCUGUGGAUCAGCGAUUAGCGGCGCUGUUUCCUCACCGCAAGAAGGUCCCGGGUUCGAGUCCCGGCUGUAACCUUUGUGUGUCUGUCUGACUUUGCCCCACAAUCCAAAGAUUACAUUAAACUGACUGUAGCUCUGAAUGAGUGUGAGAGUCUGUGAUGGACUGACCAUUCUCAUCCUGAAGAUCAGCACCACAGAGAUCUUAAAAUCGCUUAUCUUUAUGCAAAACACCAGAAAAACAAGACAACUACUGUGUUUAAUACAUAAAAAUAGCUGCAUAUGCAAAAUGUUUUCAAGGCGUACUGCGGUGACAAAUCAACAGAUGAAGCUGAAAUAUAGUUUGUAGUAAGUUAGCGGGGGUCUAAAAGACACUUAAGUAGUCUUAAGUAAUAUAUCAAUACGACCGCA